CUCAGGUUCUCUGACUCUGUUUCCAAGAAGGACGACACCGCUGUCGCUGCUGAUGGACGGUAAAUGAGAUAUCCGGUCCGUUUCAUCCAACGUGGUCCGUUUCCUGGUCCUGCAGGUCCAAACAGCUUACGGAAAUACUACAACCUCUCAAAAUGCUCCUCUCGUGGGAAUCAAUGCUGUUGACCACGGCACUGACUUGUGUCUGGGCUCAAGAUCUACAUGAUAACAGAAGAACCAAAUUGCGCACAAAAACACUGGAUGCAAAUAUUUAUGAUGGGCAAGCUAUCCUAGAUGAGGACUGUAGCUUGGAGCUCAGUUUUUUGUUGGACAGCUCCGAGAGCGCCAAAGACAACCACAAUCAGGAGAAGCAGUUUGCGAUGAAUUUGGUGGAUCGACUCCAAGGCCUGAAACUGCAGACGGGUCGAAGCUUGAGUCUGAGAGUGGCCCUGCUCCAGUACAGCAGUACAGUCAUCACAGAGCAACGAUUUAGCGACUGGAGGGGCACGGAGAACUUCAAGAACCGCAUCGCUCCCAUCGUUUACAUCGGCCACGGCACCUACACCACGUACGCCAUCACCAACAUGACCAAGCUCUACCGUGAGGAGUCCGGCCUGGGCAGCAUUAAAGUCGCCGUGCUCCUCACUGAUGGCUCCUCCCACCCGAGGAACCCGGAUAUUUUCUCUGCUGUCGCUGAGGCCAAGAACCAGGGGGUCAAGUUCUUCACUCUGGGCAUCACCAGAACCGCCAACGAGCCGUCCAAUGUGGCACAGCUCCGCCUCCUCGCCAGUUCUCCCGCGUCCCACUUCCUCCACAAUUUGCAGGACAGAGACGUAGUUGAAAAAGUGGCAACAAACAUUACUGACCUUGCUGAUGAAGGAUGCCCACUGGCUCCAAAAUGUGCCUGUGAAAAAGGCGAGAGAGGCCCCAGCGGGCCUGCGGGCAAGAAAGGUCGUCCAGGAGAAGAGGGAGCCUCCGGGCUGAAAGGCCAAAAGGGUGAAGCAGGAACAAGUGGCACACCGGGCCGGGAUGGUACCGAGGGGAAAUCAGGAGACAAAGGAGAGCAGGGUGAACGGGGAGAGUGCGGCACUCCAGGAAUCAAAGGAGACAGGGGUCCAGAGGGACCGGUUGGUGCAAGAGGACCUAGAGGACUGGAGGGGCAACCAGGACCACAUGGAGACAUUGGACCAGAGGGCCCACAGGGAAAGCAGGGGGAACGUGGACCAUCCGGCCCUCCGGGUAUUCAGGGAGAAACUGGCAUUGGGAUACCUGGACCAAAAGGUGACAUGGGAUUCCAGGGGCGCCCAGGUCCUCCUGGUCCUACAGGCGUUGGUGCACAUGGUUCACCAGGACCUCAAGGGCCACAAGGUGUUCAAGGGGAAAAAGGACCCACGGGUGAGGGCCUUCCUGGACCCAAGGGGGAUCGAGGGCUUCCGGGACCGAGGGGAUCGAGAGGACAACAGGGCGUGGGGAUGAAAGGAGAACGGGGUGAACUGGGGCCUGCAGGUCCUCCAGGGCUCACUGGGCUGACAGGAGUUGGCAUACAGGGAGAAAAGGGAGUUGAGGGUCCAAGAGGUCCACCAGGAGUUAGAGGACUUCCAGGAGAGGGUUUGCCUGGACCUAAGGGGGAUCAAGGUUUACCUGGAGAGCAGGGAUCACCUGGCGAGAGAGGUAUCGGUGAAUCUGGUGCAAAGGGAGAACCUGGAUCUGCUGGUUUAGGUGGCUUACCGGGUCUUCCAGGAGAGGAUGGGGCUCCAGGACAGAAGGGGGAACCUGGGUUACCAGGUUCAAGAGGUUCUGACGGACCUCCAGGAAUUGGCACUCCAGGAGAGAAGGGGGACCAGGGUCUUAGGGGCAUUCGAGGGUUACAUGGACCUCCAGGGAUCUCAGGACCCUCCGGUCCAAAGGGUGAACGCGGGUUACCGGGACACCAGGGCAUUCCGGGGCCGCCAGGACGAUCCAUAACAGGUCCAAAGGGAGAUUUAGGUCCCACUGGUCCGCCUGGACCGAUUGGGGAAACAGGCAUUGGACUUCCAGGUCCAAAGGGUGAUCGAGGGAAUACCGGUCCACACGGUCCACAUGGUCCAAAAGGCGAAGGCAGCCCAGGACCGCUGGGGCCACCAGGACUUCCAGGUUUACCAGGGGAACCGGGACCAGAAGGAAUAGGCAUUCCUGGACCUAAGGGAGACCUUGGCUUUAGAGGACUACCAGGCUUGCCCGGCCCUCCCGGAGAAGGAAUACAAGGACCUCCAGGUAAUGUUGGAAGAGCGGGACCUCCUGGUCCAAAUGGACCACCAGGAGAGGGUAUUCAAGGACCAAAGGGGGAUCCGGGAUCCCAAGGUUUAACUGGACCAAGAGGGCCCAGAGGUGAUGGUUUUCCUGGAGCCAAAGGUGACCGCGGGUCUCAGGGUGAGAGAGGAAUGAAAGGUGCAAAGGGAGGUUUGGGAGAUCCAGGACUGCCCGGUGAAGCAGGAAAAACGGGAACAAAAGGAGACGCAGGACUGACAAGAGAGGACAUUAUUAAGCUCAUUAAAGAAAUAUGUGGAUGCGGCGUCAAGUGCAAAGAAAGGCCGAUGGAACUCGUCUUUGUGAUCGACAGCUCCGAGAGCGUCGGCCCUGACAACUUUGAAAUCAUCAAAGAUUUCGUCACCAGGCUGGUGGACCGAACUACGGUGGGACGCAACGCCACGAGAAUCGGCCUUGUCCUCUACAGCCUGGACGUCCAUUUGGAGUUCAACUUGGUCCGCUACACGAACAAACAGGAUGUGAAGCAGGCAAUCCGAAGGAUGCCUUACAUGGGCGAGGGCACCUACACCGGCACCGCCAUCCGAAAGGCCACUCAGGAGGCUUUCUACAGCGCCAGGCCCGGCGUCAGGAAGGUCGCCAUCGUCAUCACCGACGGUCAGACGGACAAGCGAGAGUCCGUUAAACUCGAUAUCGCCGUGCGGGAGGCCCAUGCCGCAAAUAUCGAAAUGUACGCUCUGGGUAUCGUCAAUUCUUCGGAUCCGACGCAGACGGAGUUUCUGAGAGAACUCAACCUCAUUGCCUCCGAUCCUGAUAGUGAACACAUGUACCUUAUUGAUGACUUCAACACUCUGCCAGCACUGGAGUCCAAAGUCAUCAGCCAGUUCUGUGAAGAUGAAAACGGUGCCCUCAUCUACAAUCGCAUCGCAAACGGGCACUGGAACGGCAACAACGGAGUCGGUAUCAAUGGAAAUAAUGGCUACGGACAGCUUACUGAACGAUUCAACAAUGGCUAUCGGAAAACUGAGAAUAAAGUGAUUGGGAAUGGUCACCAGGAGGAGAUCACAAAUGUGAGGCGUGCCAACAACCGUGGCCGUGGAGAUACUUUCACACUACCCAUCAGUUCUGACCCACUUCCUAUUCAGGUGGAGGAAGACGAAGAUGGUGAAGAUUUAGACUUGAGGGCUCAUGUGAGAGCCAGCAGCAGCGUUGUUGUCGUGAACAAAACUGGAUCUUUGUCACAUGGGAAAGAAAGCACGGUCUCCAAUGAAGCAUCAUCUUCAUCAUCCUCCACUGCAGGAUCUGUAUCCUCAAACUCUAAUCAGCUGCAGCGUGUGGUGAGUCCAGUCCUGCCUGAAGAGGUUGCGCUUCGCGAUCCCCGCUGUAGCCUCAACUUGGACCAAGGCACCUGCAGAGCGUACAAGAUCCGCUGGUAUUAUGACAAACAGGCCAAUUCAUGUGCACAGUUCUGGUAUGGAGGCUGUGCUGGAAAUGACAAUCGAUUUGAUACCAAAGAGGAAUGCAGGAAGACUUGUGUUAUAUUGAAGACAGGUAUUUAAGAUUUUUGACAACAAUUAUGUACAUUGGCUCAAUGUUUUGUGAUCCUCAACUAUUUGUCAUAUUAUCAGCUUGACCUUAUCCAAGAUCUAUUGGAUGUCUUUUUUUUUUUUUUAACAUAUCUGAGCCAUGUGCUUUACUUUGAAAUCUAUGCUGCUGGACAAAUUAUUUCAAUGUCUGGUGUCAAGUUGUAAUUGGCAGCUGCCAAACAGGGACACUUAUUUUUAAGUUACGUGUGCAGAAGUCUACUGAAGUUGUCAUCGAGUGAGAAGUGUUGUCGCGGUUCUUAUUAUUGUCUUCAUAAUCCCUCCAAAAAUUGUGUCACCAGUUGGGCUGUGUGUUACUGUUUCAAUUAAUGUCUUUAUUUGUGUGUUUAUUAAUAAAAUAAUAAAACUGA